GAAGGAACGUUACUGCUCCUCGUCGUCGUCGUGGUCUGGUCGCGUUGCACAGGAGCGAGCGCGACCUUUAUCAUUUGCUUUCCCUUCCCUGUACCGUUGCGCGUGAAACAUCGUCCCCGCGUGCUGUGAAAAGGGGAAGAUGGCAAUGGGACGGACUUUAUUAUGUUGACAUCAUUUCGGUGCGUUUCAGUGGUCAAAAAGUGUGUGUAUCUUUAUUGUACAGUGUAUGUGUGUGUGUGUGUUUAUUGAGAUUCCCAGAUCCGGAUCGAAGUGGUAAAAGUUCAGUCGGAAGCGGAAUGAACACGUGUUUGCAGUGUAAACGGCGCUAUGUUGAAAGCUGCUCUACGGUUGCGCUUACGCCACGAUUGGAUGGGAGUUCGGUGACACGACACCCGAAAUUGCACGCAAAUUGCAUCGAAUAACGACGGGGAAUGGAUACGUAGAAGAUGUCGUAGUCAUCGUUCAAUAAGUGUUCAGGAAGAAAUAAAAUUCGCCCAACAUGAGACAAUCAGCAGAAGCAGAGUGAUGUGUACGGUUCUUAGUAGCUUUCAAGCAAUAACCACGUGCCUAGAAAAGUGUGUACUUUCGACCCACCAGGAACAACCACCGCUGUAGUGUACCACAAGCUUGGAUGUGAUUUGUUAUCAUUGCCCCGUGGCCCGUGGGUAAUUUAUGGUAAAAGUUUGUUGUUAACGAAACGUCGUUUAAUCCGUUGCGUUUCGCGUGCUUUCGUGUAUAUGUCUCAGGAAUAUGUGUGAAGUGAAGUGAGCGUAGGUUUCAUAGUGGCCAGGAAGUGAUCCAAACCACUCUCUAGCAUCCACCCACCUGAAUGAUAAACGGUGAGAACACGCCUUUCGAUGUGUGAGAUGCAUGCACAACAGUGAACAACGAUCGCAUUGUUAAAAAGGAAGAGGAAAACGUAACCGUCUAUACAGCUACCAAGUUUGCUCAAGCUGAAGGUGAAAAUUCAACUAUACAAGCUCUGCCACACACCACCAAGACUGCCACGCGGAUUAUCAUCGAUAUUGCCAACCGAUUGUUUGCCCGAAAAAUACAGAGAGAGAGGGAGAGAGGGCGAACGACGACUGCUGCCUUUUCAUAUACGACUGAUAACUGAGACUGGAACUUACGUGACGAUUGUAUCGUACGGCCAUCGGAUAAGAAAAAACAACAACACAAAUCAUUAAAACAUUACCGAGCUUGUCGGCAGGCCAUCAGCGCGGCCAUCUCACAUUGAUUGAGCCAAAGUGGCAAAGACCGCCCUCCCCACUCACCCCUACUCUCCUUCCCUUCCAUCAAACCGGGAUCGAUCGUUGUGGUAGGAUCGAGUUUCGCCGGGGUUAAUCUUCCCAGUGCAGCGCAUUACCGAUGAAUCAGCAGCAGCAGCAGUAUUUCCACCAGAAGUUUGAUGACUUUCACAGCAGUGGACCGAGACCGCCCGUGCCCGGAGAGGAAAGCCGCCGGAAGAUGACGGAAACGUCACAUUCGGAUCGAACUCGGGACGGUUCGCCCCCGGCGUACGUGCGCUGGGCGCAGAAGCUCGCCUACCUGCUGGAGGAUGGCGACGGGGCCGAACUGUUCAAGCGCUACGUGGAGCUGGAGGGCGAGGAACCGUCGAACCGGCUCAAGUUUUACUUCGCCUGCGAGGGCCUCAAGCAGCAAACCGACGCGGACAAGGUGACGCAGCUGAUCGGGGCCAUCUACCGGCGGUUCCUCAAGAAGGCCCAGCCCGGCUCGGAGCUGUACGUGAACGAGUCGCUGCGGAACUUUAUCAAGGCGGGGCUGAAGAAUGAGCUCGAGCUGACGCCGGACAUCUUCGACCAGAUGCAGGCGGACGUGGCGAACAUCAUCGCCGAAACGACCUACCCGCACUUCCUGCAGUCCGACCUGUACCUGCAGUACGUGCAGAACAUGCAGAGCUCGAGCAGCAGCAGUAGCGUGAUCGGCAGCGGCAGCAACUGCAGCCUGGUCGCGGCGGCCUCGGGAGCGCCAUCGGCGGGCGGUGGUGGCGGCGCUGCGCCCGGCUCCUCGAACGCUGGUGUUGCAUCACAGCAAGGAGGCGGUGGUGGCGCAGCUGCCGGUGGUAGUACCGGUGCGGGUGCCUCCUGUUCGCUCACCAGCAGUAGCUCGACGUCCGAGCUGUUCCUGCACAGUACGUCCGCGCUGCCAACGGUGCACGAGGAUGCCGAGCUGGCGAAUGCGGACUCGAUCGAGCAGCUGUACGGUGCCACGGGACCGGGCUUGGACAGUCAUAUGGCGCUGGUGGGUCCACCGCUGGUGCCGGCGGCCACCGCCUCCCCGUCCAAGGUUCCGAUGACGCUCACGAAGGACGCACUGAUGGCGACGCAGAAACGCCGGCUGGAAAUGAGACCACCUGGACCACGCGGCUACUCCGUGUACACCGCCUAUGCAUCCUAUAAUCCGGUGUCGCGGCGUGACUCAGAACUGGCCAGUCUGAGCUCCGGCCGUACCGAUUCCGAUACGAUGUCGCUUUCGAGCAUCUCCACCGAUGGUCGGCCACAUUCGCAGCGGAAACAUCACCAUCAUCAUCAUUCGUCGAUAGAGCGAAGAAUGAUGCGUGAAAAUGCCUUGACCAACGAAGAGGUCGAUACGUUUGCGAUAAUUCCACGCACCCACCGGCACACGCAAAAGCAACCGCCGCCGAUGGAGUUUGCCAAGAUUCUGAUCAACAAGCUGGAGUGUGUGGCCCGCGAACAGGAGAAGGAUGAAGUGUUGUGCAAAAAGAUGCAGGAGGCCGAACUGUCCGAUCGAUCGCAGAACAAGGUGCUAGCGGACGCGAUCCGGCAGAAGCUGCAGGUGGACGACGACAACGAUCAGGACAUUCUGGACCAGCACGUGUCGCGGGUGUGGUCCGACCUGACGCCCAGCCGGUCGCCCGGCACGAUGUCACCCUGCCCGCCGAACAUGAUCGGUUCCCGCUCGCGUCGCCAUGAGUUGGCCAGCUUUGGAGGAGCACAAUCGUCGAUGCGGCAUUCGAAAUCAAUGCCGGAAGGACAUCCGCUGAUGGGGCCGCCGAUGCAACCGAUGACCAUGCAAAUGUCGUCCGGUUCGCGCAAGCUGGCCAACAAAUGGCCCUCGGUCAAUACGGACAGCGGCAUCAGCCUGUUCUCGACCGACACGCUCACGAAGCACAGCAGCAGCGGCGGUGGCAGUCGGGGCGAGCUAAGCCUCGGCAGCAGCUCGCGCCCACUGUCGCGCACCAUGCACUCGGACAUGCACACGGCAACGCUGCUGCAAGAAUCUAGCCGCCGAUUGGAGGACGAAACGCGACGAUCGAAACGCUACCAGUACCCGCAGCAGGCCAGUGCAAUCCAGAGCAUGCCCUUACCGCCGGUACCGUCGAUGACGUCGUCGGGCAGUUUCGGUAGCAGCCUUCCGCCGGCCAUGCCGCCACCGCCAAUCCCUGCCAAACCGAGCCAGGCCCCGAACGAGUUUACCAUCGUGGUGUACUCGUUCUGCGACGAGGAGGUCCCAUACCGGAUAAAGAUCCCCGGUACGCAACCGCCAACGCUGAAGCAAUUCAAGGACUACCUGCCCAAGAAGGGAAACUAUCGAUUCUUCUUCAAAACGCGCUGCGAGGACCUGGACAAUCCUGUCAUACAGGAGGAGGUGAACAGCGACAGCGAACCCUUGCCACUGUUUGAGGGCAAGGUGAUGGGUACCGUGAAACCAUCGGAAUAAACAACGCCCGUCCGACUACUACUCCCCUUCCGCUCCACGUGCACUGCAAAAGUCCAGUGUCUUGCGGGUAGUGGCAGUGUUUUGGGGCCAGUUGUGUGUGGUAAGUUAGUCGGCCCAGCGCCCAGACAAUGCUACAGUACGCAGAAGAUAAAAGUGUAAGGCUUCCAUUAGCAUUUAUUUUAGGGUCGUAGCAAAAUGUGUCGACGGGUUCGAACAAAUGGCAAUUCUCAUUUGGGGCACCCGUACAGGCUUCCACAAAAAAAGAAAAUAAAACAAAUACAAAACAAAAUUGAAACAUAUUAACCACAGGGUCACGGAAGAAAGGCACUGCUAAAGGUAGUAGAGACACGUAUAAAUAAUGCCAAUCGUGCCUUUUUUUUAUAAUACAUACACCCACAUUCUUACCAGAUGGCGAAACCACGAAAAAAGAGCAGUCAUAAUUUAGCAGCCAACGUUUGAAUGUUAAAAGCCUUGCUCUUUUCCCUUUUUUCAACUAAUAAUUUUUCGCAAACAAUUGGCAUAUUAAAUUGAUUUUUAGAGUAUCAAAAUAAAAUCUAAAUUGUAUGACUAACAGAGUGACGCAAAGUGAGUGAUUAAAACGCGCGCGCAAAGCAAAAAAACAUCAAACGGCACACGACUGAUUUGACACGAGCAAACGAAAUCAAAUUUGAAUGUAUAUCAGUAUUUUAAAGCGCGUCUAAUACUAUGGUGUUCGGCAAAACGAGGGAGCAAACAACAGGGAAGAAAGUGUAAGGAAAGAAAGGAGAUAGAUAUUUAGACGUAUUUUCAACUACAUCACAAAUUGUUCGUCAAAAAUUUAUAGUUUUUCUAAUGAAAAUUAAAACCAUUUAAGUGUGUCGAAUAGAAGAGGCAAUGCUGAUGAUGGCGAGGUGCGGUUGUGGUGGAUAUGAUUUUGGGUUUAUUUAGCAAAAACGGUUAUGCAGCAAACCGGGAAGAGUAGAAACCACCGCUCCUCCAGCAACACUUAAAAUUGUCACACUGUCACACUAUUACAAUCGUUUUUAGCGGUAAACAGGCGAAUAGUAUGACCCCCGGACCCGUUGAAGGUCGUGCAUAGUAGGGUAUAGCCGGAAUAGAGGUAGUUAGUUGUAUUAUGUACAUUGGUUAUUAGGCUCCUCUGUUCGAUUCGUUAUCUUACCCACUAACGUACACAGAUGUACAUAAUUUCGCGCGUUGAAAUGCGUUAGUCACAUGCAGUAGUUUCAAUGCGAUGCUGUCGCCAUCACUUCAGGAACCAUUGCAUUCAGCAAUGGAUCUACAUCGAGAUGUGUCUACAAGCGCGUGUCAAAUACCGCCACCACCACCACGACCACCACUUCACCUCUUUAGGUCAGACCGUAGGCCUUACCUUAGUAGCGAGUUAACUGGGAAAGAGAGUAAAACACAGUGUCCACGAGGGGGCUGAACGAUCGAAUGAACGGAUAAUAAACGGCAUCGAAAACGAUCGAUACGAUAGGGUAAAACAAUUGAACGCGUUAAGUACACAGAGAGAGGAAGAGAGAGAAAUGGAAGGAGAUAGAGAGAGAGAGCUAUAUAUGUAUACAUGCACGUAUGUAUAUUUAUAAGUCUAGUAUGUAUACAUUAAUGCAAUAGAGAAACGAGGAUUAGAUGAUAAAACAAAAUAUAAUUGCUUA